AUGGGCCAUCUUGAUCGACUUGAACUCGAAAACUUCAAAUCGUACAAGGGACAACAGACUAUAGGUCCUUUUUACAACUUUACAUCGGUAAUUGGUCCUAACGGAGCAGGAAAGUCAAAUCUUAUGGAUGCCAUAUCUUUUGUCUUAGGAAUAAAGUCUGCUCAAUUACGUUCAACUCAACUUAAAGAUUUAAUUUAUCGAGGCCGAGCUAUGCAAGAUGAUGAUGAGGAAUUCCCUGAUAUAACGGCUAUUGAGGGACGUACUAAUAACCCGAAGCGAGCAUGGGUCAUGGCUGUAUAUAAGGAUGAUAAUGGAAAUGAAAUAAAAUUUACAAGGAGUGAAUAUAAAAUAAAUAAUAAAGUUGUUACUUAUGCAAAAUACAAUUCUACUUUGGAACAACAAAAUAUUUUAGUAAAGGCGCGAAAUUUCUUGGUUUUCCAGGGUGAUGUCGAGGCUAUUGCAUCUCAAUCUCCUAAAGACCUAACCAGACUGAUCGAACAAAUCAGUGGGUCAUUGGAAUUGAAAUCCGAAUAUGAGCAAUUAAAAGUUCAGCAAGAACGAGCAACGGAAAAUUCUACAUUUAAUUUCAAUAAAAAACGUGGCAUUAACUCUGAAAUACAGGAAUACCAAAGGCAGAAAGCUCAAGCGCAGCAAUUUGAGAAAUUGCUAGCCGAAAAAACACAAAUUCUAGUCGACUAUCUUCUUUGGAAAUUAUUUCAUAUACAACAAAAUAUACAAGAAUACAAAGAAGAGAUUGACGGACAUAAUGAUGUUAUAAGAAGGAGGCAAAGGGAGCAAAGACAAUUUGAUUCAGAAUUAAAGAAGGCUAGGAUGGAACAAUCAGCAGUGCAUAAAAAAUAUUAUCAAAUAGAAAAUGCCAUUAAAUCUAAAGAAAAAGAAUUGGAGGAAAAGCGUCCAGCUUUACUUACCGUGGAGGAAAAAAUAUUUCAUGCCAGAAGAAAGUUGACUCAGUAUGAACAAGAUGCGGAAAGAGUUCGAAAAGAUUUUGACCGUCAAACGAAUCAUGUUGUAGAAUUGCAAUCAGAACUAGAUAUAGUUACUAGAGCUGCAGAGCAAUAUGAAGCUUCUUUACAGGCUGGAGGUGGCAGUAAUAAAAGACUUAGUACUGAAGACAUGGCUGAAUAUAGUAGAAAGUAUAGUUUUUGUACGAUGGGUAUUUGGAGGGAAGAGGCCAAUAAGAAGAGUGUAAACGAAAAACAGCAAUUAGAGAAUGUUAGACGACAAGAAAAAACGUGUCGCGAAUCAACUCACCGAUUAAGGGAAAAGAUGGAGGAUUUAGAUAGACGUCGUAAACAAUUAGAGGAAGAAAAAUUGGCAGUUUCUGACCAAAAAGAAAAGAUUGGUUCAUAUGUAACGCAAUUACAUAUGGAUCUUGAAGCUGCCAAGAAAGAACUUGAAGCUGCUGUUUCCGAAAGGAAUUCUAUAAAUCAGCUAGAAACUCAAUACAAUCGAGAGUUACAAGAAACACUAAAUAAACUCACUGUUGCUAGUGUGGACCAAAGAGAAUCAGAACGAGAACAAAAGAUGAAGGAGUGUUUAGAAAGUUUGAAAAGAGUCUUUUCGGGUGUUCAUGGACGUCUUUUGGAUUUAUUCACGCCUAGUCAACGUAAAUAUGCUGUACCAGUAUCUAUAAUUCUUGGCAGAAAUAUGGAUGCGAUUAUUGUUGAUCAACAGAAAACUGCUAUUGAAUGCAUACAGUAUAUACGUGAACAACGCCUUGGUCACGCAACCUUUAUUCCUCUCGACUCAAUUGUUGUUAAACCAAUAAAUGAUAAAUACCGAAGUUUCAUGAAAGGGGCUAGAUUAGCAAUCGAUGUCAUUACUUAUAAUGAUAAGCUAGAAAAAGCAUUUCAAUAUGCUUGUGGGAACACACUAGUUUGUGAUACUUUGGAGAUUGCUAAAUAUAUUUGUUACGAAAAAAAUCAACAGGUUAAAGCUGUUACACUUGAUGGUACGAUAAUUCAUAAGAGUGGUUUGGUCACUGGUGGACAUAGUGAAGACAUUAUAACCGGUGCAAAGAGAGUAGCAGAAAAGAGACGCGCAGAAAAUAUCGAUGAAUUAAGGCGUCAAAGAGAUGAUCUUUUGUCUAAAUUGAAUAAUUUAAGCAAAUCUAAACGAAGGGGCAACUUUGAAGAACAAAAGAAAAGUGAAAUAUCUGGAUUAGAUUCUAGGUUAAAAUUUGCUCAAGAAGAAUUGGGUGCAAUUACGCGAAAACUUGAAGCAAUCAAUAACGAAUUGAAUUUUAUUGCUAAUGAAACUAAUGGAAUACAACCAAGAUGGCAAAAGGCUCAUUCAGAUUUAACGAAUUUUGAAAACCAAAUUGCACAAUCAGAAAUUACAAUACAUAGGAUUGAAGAUACUAUUUUUAAAGACUUUUGUAUGAAAAUUCAAGUAGCAAAUAUUCGUGAAUAUGAACAACGACAACUUAAGCUUGCUCAAGAAAUGGCUGAGAAAAAAUUAAAGUUCACAACUUUAAAAUCGAGGCUUCAAAAUCAAUUGAAGUUUGAAUCAGAGCAAAGGAAAGAGGCCGAAGACCGGCUAAAUAAACUCGAAGCAGCGAUAGUAAAUGAUACUAAAAGGUUAACUCAACUUGAACGAGAAAAAGAACAAUUGUUGAGAGAUAAAAAACUUAUUUCUGAUCAAAUUUCUGAAAUGCAGGAUGCAUUAAAUGAAAUUAAGGAAUCUUUCGAUGAGAAAACUGUUGUCGUUAAUGAGGCAAAGAGAAAGCUUUCUCAAGUAACAAAAGAGAUUGAAAGAAUGAUGAAAGAAAUUGUAAACAAGGAAUCAGAUAUAGAAAAGCUAGAAGCAGAUCAAUUUUCUAUCUUCCGUAAGUGUAAGUUGGAAGAGAUUUGUUUACCUCUUGAAAGAGGAUCGCUUGAUGAUAUACCAAUAAAGAAUUCGGUAUCUGAACCAAGUUCCACUGGUUGGAAUGUUCAAGUUGAUUAUAAUUCAUUGAUUGAUGAUCUUAAGGAGAAUGCCGGUAUUGACGUUGCAAAAGAGUUUGAAAAGAAACUGGAUGAAAAAUCUGCACAGAUGGAAGAAUUAUCUCCUAGUUUGAAAGCUAUUGAACGAUUGAACGGUAUAGAACAACGUUUACAUGAUACAGAAAAAGAAUUUGAUAGCGCAAGAAGAGAAGCUAAAACGGCAAAAGAUAGAUUUAACUCUGUUAAGCAAACAAGAUGCAAACGGUUCCGGGCGGCUUAUGAUCAUAUCGAAAAAAAUAUUGAUCAAAUUUAUAAAGAUUUAACAAAAAGUCGCAGUUUUCCUUUGGGUGGUACAGCAUAUCUCAGUCUAGAAGAUAAUGAGGUAAAUACGCAUGGGGUUAAAUAUCAUGCUAUGCCUCCAAUGAAACGUUUUAGAGAUAUGGAGCAAUUGUCUGGUGGUGAAAAAACCAUGGCCGCAUUAGCGUUGUUAUUUGCUAUACACAGUUAUCAGCCGUCACCUUUUUUUGUGCUUGAUGAAGUUGAUGCUGCACUUGAUAACACGAAUGUUGGCAAAAUUGCAAAUUAUAUUCGAGAACACGCUUCUGAUACGUUCCAGUUUAUUGUCAUCUCUCUCAAGAGUACAUUAUAUGAAAAGGCACAAGCCUUAGUUGGAAUUUAUCGAGAUCAGGAGUAUGUUAAGCAACAUAAUGUUUUAUUUUUAUACUAG